GAGUUGUGCAGAAAACAAAUGGCAGUUACUUCCCAGUGAUAGCUAUGGACAUUUUUUAAGGUUUUAACUAAAAAAUAGAAGUCUUUUGAGAUGAGGCAUGAUACAGAUGUGUCAUCUGGGUUCCCUCAUCACCAGAUGUGUGAUCUGGGGAAAGACAGGGAGACACAGGCUUCGCCAGCUCUGUGUCAGGAGCAGCCAGCCCCACAUGCAAGCCACCCCCCACUCCGGGCUCCAGCCACCCCCAGGGGACACUCAGGGGCCCGCAGGCCUUGGGCAGCGGUGACCCUGUUCACAGACCCUCUGUCCAGAGGAGGCGCCUGCACAGGUAGAGGGUAGGCCUCGCUGGUUGAGAGUGUCCCCACGGGCACAGACAGCACUCUAUUAUGAGGCAGCUGCAGCUGUGCCCCGCUCAGGAUAAAGGCCAUGAUUUAUUCCGCACGUCCGAACGGAGCCUAAUUAUACGGGGCAAGACACAAGGACCCUAUAGCAAGUGUCCUGAAAGACUCCCCUCUCAUUCGACCAAACAAGCCUCCUCAGGCUCCCACCCUCUCCAUUCACAGGACCCCCUCCACUGUCACCAGGGCAGGCGCGGGAGCCCAGGCCCGUUGCCAUGGUGGCCAGCCCCUCCCUGCCCCCCAUCGGUAGGAAAUGAUCCUGUGCUGAAACGUCCUCUUGUCUGUCAGUGCCAGCCAGUCCCCCCACCCCGCCCAGCCCGCGCCCACUCCACGGCUCCGAACACAGUCACACACUCGGUCUCUGUGACGCUCAGUGGCCGGGCCGGGGGGCGGGCGUUUUGGGGGGGGGCACGCGGGCUGGGACACACUGGAAUAUUCACGGCCCAGGGGCAGCAGAGGCGGCCGUAGGAGUGGCCCACCACACAAGGCCCCCCUCGGGAAUGAAGCGGCCUUUCACGUCCACGGACGCUGCGGCCUCUCUGCUCUCCUUAAAUAGCCGGCCUCCCUCCGCAGCUGCACGGAGCCCACCGCCCGCACCGCUGCCCCCUGGCCACAGCCCACCCGCCACCCCGCAGCCCUCCUGUCCCUGCGCCUGGACCCGGCAGUGAGAGGCUCGUCCCCCAGCUCUGCUUCCGGCUGAAGCAUGAAUGGCCUGGAGGUGGCCUCCCCGGGUGUGACCGCCAACUCCUCCCUGGCCACCGCACAGCAAUGUGGCCAGGAGACGCCGCUCGAGAACGUCCUCUUCGCCUCCUUCUACCUCCUGGACUUCAUCCUGGCUUUUGUUGGCAACGCCCUGGCCCUGUGGCUUUUCAUAUGGGACCACAAGUCAGGUACCCCUGCCAACGUCUUCUUGAUGCACCUGGCCGUGGCCGACUUGUCCUGUGUGCUGGUCCUGCCCACCCGCCUCGUCUACCACUUCUCUGGGAACCACUGGCCGUUCGGGGAAAUCCCGUGCCGCCUCACCGGCUUCCUCUUCUACCUCAACAUGUACGCCAGCAUCUACUUCCUCACCUGCAUCAGCGCUGACCGCUUCCUGGCCAUCGUGCACCCCGUCAAGUCCCUCAAGCUCCGCAGGCCCCUCUACGCACACCUGGCCUGUGCCUUCCUCUGGGUGGUGGUGGCCGUGGCCAUGGCCCCGCUGCUGGUGAGCCCACAGACCGUGCAGACCAACCACACAGUCGUCUGCCUGCAGCUGUAUCGGGAGAAGGCCUCCCACCACGCCUUCGUGUCCCUGGCUGUGGCCUUCACCUUCCCGUUUGUCACCACCGUCACCUGCUACCUGCUGAUCAUCCGCAGCCUGCGGCAGGGCCCGCGCGUGGAGAAGCGCCUCAAGAACAAGGCGGUCCGCAUGAUCGCCAUGGUGCUGGCCAUCUUCCUGGUCUGCUUCGUGCCCUACCACGUGCACCGCUCAGUCUACGUGCUGCACUCCCAUGGCAGUGGCACCUCCUGCGCUGCCCAGCGCAUCCUGGCCCUUGGAAACCGCAUCACCUCCUGCCUCACCAGCCUCAACGGGGCACUCGACCCGGUCAUGUACUUCUUCGUGGCCGAGAAGUUCCGGGAUGCCCUGUGUAACUUGAUCUGUGGCAAAAGGCUCUCCGGGCCACCCCCCAGCUUUGAGGGGAAAACCAACGAGAGCUCCCUGAGUGCCAGGUCAGAGCUGUGAGCCCCAGGACGCCGCGCCUGGGCCCAGUCCAGUCUGUCCUCAGGGGGACCCCUGCAUCAGGGCGCAAGCCACCCAGACUCGUGAAGGAGAGGUCCACCUGCUCCCUAGCGGGUCGCUGCCGCUCUCCCCAAGGGGGAAACUCGGCACCCAGCACCAGUUCUGUCUUACCUGACAUGCAAACCCCAGCAGGACCAGUGGGCCACCCCUAUGGCCGAGGCCAUGUUGAGCCUACUCACCUAAGUUACUAGACGCUCAAUGACUUCAGCCCGUGGCGAGGAGGCCGGAGGAACAGCUCUUGGACCAUGAGCAUCCUUCUUUCCCAAGGGCUGUUGGCUAGACUCCCAGCCUCCCUCCCACAAGAAACAGCAGCAAAACUCUACAGAGAGCCCAGAAGGCAGCUGUGAGCGACUCAGGAGAAGGGGGUGCAGGACUCCUGGGGGAGGGGGAAGGAGGGGUGGGUAGAUGUUUCCUUUGAAGCACAUGGUGCUUUGAGUUCCCUGGGUGUCACCUUUGCCAGGUGAUCUCUACGUUUAGGGGACAGGGACUGUUAACUCAUAACUGAGUGUUGUGAGUACAUUUCAGGCUGGCCACCAGGCAGGAUCCAACAAAUGUGGCCUGUGGGGCCAGCAGCACAGUGCCAGGCUCCUGACCCCUCCCGCUGUGACCCGCAUGCAGACCUGCACGUGGCCUGGCGAUCCCAGAACCUCUGGGCAGCUGCCCGGUCCCAUUUGGGUCCUGGGCCAGCACACAGCAUGGGUACAGUCACAGCUCGAGGACACCACCAGCAGGGAGCCGGCACCUGGCACGUGACCCUUGCUCCCACUAACCCAGACCAACAGGUGUGUCCUUAGCCCUGCUCCCCCCAAGGGGCUCCACUGGCCUCAGUGGGCCAGCCUGGGAGCCGUUUCCUCCAGAGCACGGCCCCUACCACCCUUGCGGGUCCCUAUUUGUGCCACACGUAAACAUCAGCGUCCUUUAAGAUUCUGAAGGUCACUGUGCUGGGUCAACAAAAGUCCCUUCCGGAAUGCCUCCUCCCUUCGACCCCAGGGUGGCAAAGCGGAAGUGAAGGCAGGAGUGGCCAGGCAGCACGCGCUUCUCUGCCCCUGGUUCUGAAACCCCCGCAGGCCUGGCCCACGUGGAUGCUGAGGCUCUGGCCCGGCCUGGAGGGUCUGCAUGGGGGCCACACUUCCUUUACAGCAGUGCUUUACUUCCCUGAGCAUGCCCAGCCUCUCCGGGCCUCCCCAGCCCGUCCUGCGGCACAGGGCUCAGUGUGCACUGUAGCUCAGAGAGAGGACGCGCUCGGGCCCACACCUGGUGGGCGAGGACCCCGGAUCAGCAGGGGACCCCCGUGACACUCCUGCUAAGUGCUCUGCAGACACCAACAUUGGGAACAGGGGCCGCAAACAGGGGACAUCACUACAGGUGGCCCCAGAGCGAGCGGCGGCAGAGGACGGAGGGGGACAGGUACUCAGGCAGGAGAGGGUGGGGGAGUCAGAGACAGCUGGGGUGGGUGCACGGGGAGGAGACACCAGCGUUUGGAGGGGCCUGUUGCAUUUGGGAGACUUGGCGGACACCAAGAGGUUGGUGCGUGGGCAGCUGAGAAUGUGAGGGACAGGGGCGCUGCGGUGUGGAUCUCAGUUGUCCAGCACUGCAUGCCAUUCGCGGCUCUGGGGCUUUGGACAGACACGAGGGCCAUGCGCCGAGCCUCAAAAGAGGCGCCAUGGAGAGGCCGGUGGGAGGAGGGAAGUCAGAAGAGUAGAGGGAGCGGCGCAGCCAUGAGGCAGAAGGAAGGCAUGAGACACAGGUCCCGGACCCAGAGGGGAGGCAUUCCAGCAGGGAGGAGAUGCUGAGGGAGCCUGCUGAGAGGCCUGGCCAGAUGGACAGUGGGGGGCGUGGGGGGCAGUGGGAGGGGGCAGCGGGAGGGGCCAGCAGGGGCCGGCUAGAGCUGGAGGACAGCUCUGGGGGAAAGCGAAGACUGAAGCCCACAGCCCCUUGGGAGACUGAGGGGGGAGGAGCCAGGACAGGGAGGGGAGCUGAGAUAGGAGAUGCACAGGUGCAGGGAGAGGGGGGAGCCUCCCCCUUCCCCUCCCCCUCGGGAGGGUGCAGAGACAGCUGGGGGAGAACAGAGCCAGGCUUCCUGGAAGGUGGGAACUUGAUCUCCCAAGUCAAGAAAUCUGAAUGUAAGAGUAAAUUUGGGCCCCGUGGUUGUGUGAUUUCUCUCCAGCGACAUUCAGCCCUGAGUACACAGAAGGAGGUAGACAUUCGGGGUCAGCGGCAUGGGCUAGCCAGGCAGCAGUGACAGCCCAAAGCUCCUCACCCAGCCACUGCAUGUGAUGGCUCCUGCUUCCACCACCUUCCUCCUUUCUGCCUAUUGUCGGCUGCUCCGGAAGCACCCCCAGGCCUGGGCAGGCCCUGCCUCGUCGCCCCCUACUCUCUCCAGCCCCAGCCCCAGCCCGCCCCUGUAAACCAGGGGACACAGCACACGGGCACAGGCCACACCACCUGGGGCAGGUGGUGAGUGGUGUCUGGGCUGGCCCGCCUCACCUGCCCGCGUUCUUCACGAAGCCCAGGUCAGCCAGCUCGAUGUCGCACAGCUCGCAGCGGAAGCACCCAGGGUGCCAGUUGUUGUUCAUGGCCUUGAUGACGCGGCCGAUGAUAAACUCACCUGGAAGAGAUGGGUCCCUGCUUGCCAGGGCAGGCAUGCGCCUCACCCCCACUCCGCAGCCCCCUCCCAAGCCCUGCCUAUGCCUGAUGGAUGUCGUGCUCCCCUGAGACUGGCUGGUCCCCAGCUUCCCUCCCAGAGCCUGGAAAGGCGAUGCCUGCAGACAACUAACGCUCAUGGAGGCAGGGUGCAGGGCGGUCAGGGAGGAGCACCUGUGCUCAGGUCCACCUGCCCCACCCAGGUGUGCUGCACCCCUCUUACCGCAGGAGCCACAGCAUGGAGCAAAGAGCAUCUGGAAGUCGUGUUCGCAGUACUUCCGGCCUUCGAACUGCAAAUGGGCCAGCAGGGAAAGUUCAAGCAAACCCCAUCAUUCUCCCCAAGCUGGCCGGUCUCUGUUGGGUCAGGACCCACCCUUGGGCAGGCUGGACAAGCAUCCUGACUUGUGCAAUUGCUACCACCACAGGAAGCAGGGUGGGGGUGGAGGAGGAGGCUUCCUGGAGGAGAUGGUAAGGAGCUGAAAGACCCGCAGGGGUGGGGGUGCUGAAAGGAGGGCAUUCUGGAUGGAGGGAGCAGCAGGGGCAAGGCCUGGAGAUGGAGGGAACUGGCGCAUUCAACAGGGCAGGGCGGAGGGUAAGUGAGGGGUGGCACAGAAGCUGGGAACUGGGCAAGGCUGGUCCUCAAAGGGCUGCUGCUGUUUCCACAAGACCUUGGUCCUGGGAGGGAGCCGAGGGCUGGGAUCAAGUCUGAUUUAUAAAUGUCACUUGGCCCUAUUUCCUGCAUGUUUUCUCUGUGUGAGAAGUCCAUUUCCCCCAGAGGCCACAAGAGACCCAGAGAGGAGACACAGCAGGAGAGACACAGGAAAACAUGGGGCCUGAGGGGCACCCUAAGUCCUGCAGCCAGCAGGAGCCACCAGCCAUUGCCCCCGUCUGCCUCAGCAAUGACAGCCCAGCUCUGGCCCCAAAUGUGGCCAGACCCUGUCUCUGCUUUCUCCUCCCUUGGCAAUUUCAUUUUUUUUUUUUAAUCUGGUUUGCCUUCUUUUCUGAAAUGAGUUUCUUACUAAGCUGUGACUGGAUAUAGCCCUAGCCAGUGGCUUGUAGAGGCGGCAGGCGUAAAAUUCAUUCAGCAACAAAUAUUUCCUGAGUGCCUACUGUGUGCCAGGCUCUGUUCUAGACACAUGGCCACUGCUCUCGGAGCUCUGCCUCCCUCCCACUGCCUCUACAGUGGGCCAGCCUUUCCCAGGAGACUGGAAGGCGCCACGAGGAACAGCUCCUCCCCCACCGCCAGAGGCGCUCUUGAACCCCUUCCCCUGCCAGUCCAGUCAGCUGUACCUUUGACGUCUCUGCAGCCUCUGGCCCCUGGUCCCCACCUCCACUGCAACCACCUGGGGUACAUGUUUACCAACCAGCCCUUUGGGAGAUGGGGUCUGGUCUGCAGAGUUUGCCCGUUUCUAUGGUGUAAAUAUUUCCAUCAUGGACAAAUGUCAAGCUACCAACAUGAGAUCAGUGUGCAGUUAACACAUGCGCAGUAGCAUCGCGGGACUCUUUCCACCAGCAAGAUCAGUAGACAAAUAACCUCAAAGGCACAGGUGACAGUAACAUGUAAUAAAAUAACUAGGAAGUGGUGAGUUCUGAGUAUGUGUUACCUUUGUUUUUAAUAAAAUUUUAUCUCCU